CUAUUACCAGGGCGGUGGUCUACGCUUUCAGACUGAUGGCGAAGAAAACUUAUGGUUGACCUACUGUGUAUAUCCGAGUUGGACGAUACGGAUUGGAACGAAGAAACACUGGCAACGGAUCACCUGAGGCGUCCUGUUCUCUCGCAGUUACUACGCGCUCUUCGCCAAAUCAUGAAAGCUGUAAGUGCCAGGAGAGGAUGUGCCGACCAGCACGACUGGAAUUUUCGUCAGCGGCACCUGAACAAAAGUGAAUUCGAGGCUGAUUACUCGGUCUACCUGGAGCACCUGGCAAACUACACGAAGGACAUUGCGCACCUGAUCUCACUUGGUGUGACGCAUACCUCACAAGUGUUCGUUCCCCUCGCAUUCGAACACAUGGGUAUUCACCCAAAUGAUCAGCGACUCCAUGGAUGGAUCAAGGACGUGCGACGCGUGAGAGACAUGCUACACACGAAAUUAAGAGGCUGGGUACACGAUAUGCAAUCCGUCAGCGAGCAGAUGAUGAACUACAAGAUAGAAGAAGACAAGAACAGUUCUGGGAUCUAUCUAAUAAGGCGGCCGCUGUUGAAUCAUCGGCUACUGGCAUAUCAAACGCAGUUCCUGUCCUUUCAUGACGACUUUAGUGCGCUAUGCGAGGAGCAACAUCCAAAGGCAUCAGAGAUGUUCGGUCUCGCCAACGCACUGUACUCCCUCUAUCGUAACAGCUGGACUGAAACGGCACGAAUCUUUAACGAAAACAAUUCAUCUUAUUUCUACAUUGUAGACGAGGAGUGGCAGCUGAAGGACAGAAGCAACGCUACGCUUUCCGUGGACACUGGCUGCCUGCAGUUGUUGGCCGACGCCCUGGACCACCCCACGUGUCCGCUGGAAGACCUGCCACCGGAGGCGAUCGAGCAGCGCGAGCAGUGCCGCGUCCAGCUGUGGGAUGACAUGGUGCAGAGGCUACCCCACAUACCCGUCACCAGCUACCUGGCCUACACGCAGAGGGCGAACGUCAAUCUCUGCCUGUUGGCCUGGAUGAGUGUCAACUCGUUCAGCAGGGAUAUUGGUCGACCCUACCACCCCAUCAUCAAGUGA